AGGAUUUUCUGACUCUGCGCUGCCAGCUCGUUGACUGUAAACAUACGUGGACCCUAGAUGCAUUGUUUACCUUAACACUCCAAUAAUCGAUUAGUUCUAUCUACCUGUUUUGGAGGAAGGCUGCGUCAGCGAGAUGGGAGAAGGGCAUGACUUAUCCUGUACCGAAUAGAGACAACAUAAUCACUUGACAAAACAAAAGUACAGUAUGUUGAAUACCAAAGUACCGCAUUUUGCCUUAAAAGAAAAGGCUAAACUUUUUAAACGGUUGAUGUUGGCUUUCCUGUUCGUCUACCUCCUGGAAGGUCUGGCGUCUCUGAGCAUUGGGAUAUGGCUAAUUGUGCGACUUCGUGUGGUGAUAGACUGUUUCGUUAACUAUCAGAUCCAUGUCGCGAGUGUCUUGGUCCUGGUCUCUGGAGUGCUUAACAUUUGUGUAUGUUCAUUAGGGGCGCUGUCCUCCUCCAAAGCGAAGAACACACCUACUCUACGACCAUUUGCCAUCUUUUUUGUGCUCCUGAUAGCACUGGAGUUGUCUGCCGCCAUUGUGUCAACGGUUGAUAAACAUAAACUCGAUGACAAGACUUUCCGUAAUAGUAUGACUUCGACUCAUUGGCUUAUCAGCAACGAAAAGGAGGAAGACGAUCAGAAAGAACGACUGGAAUGCUGGACAGAAAUGCAGAAAGAGUUCAGAUGUUGCGGGAUAGACGGUUAUCGUGAUUGGAUAAGCGACUCGUCAGAUACAUAUAAUUUCUCAGAAACAAUAUCAACGACAGCAUUAGAUAGCUGUAAGUGCGAGUCGGAUUGGCGACGUAAGGAACGGAAAUGUAUCGAUGUCAAUGUGACGCUUGCAACUGAUGUAAGAUCCUACAGUUUGUUUGUGAGUCCGUGCUAUGACACUUUGUACAAUGCUAUCAACACCCACACGACAUUGUUGAAAUGGUACUGUCCAAUUCUUGCUAUCGUUCAAAUUGUUUCAUUCAGCUUUAUUUUCGGGUUAAUCUCAAAAAUCCAGAAAGCCAAUGCUAUAGCAAUUUACGGAGUAGAUAACAAGAAUAACACAACCGAGUCUGAACCUCCAAACUUCUCUGUCACGGAUGAUAGACGCAACAGUACCUAAACACGUGAUACUCAUGCCUGUCUGAACCUCCAAUCAUCUUCUCUGUCACGGAUGAUAGACGGAACAGUACCUAAACACGUGGUACCAAUGCCUCUCUGAACCUCCAAUCAUCUUCUCUGUCACGAAUGAUAGACUGAACAGUACCUAAACACGUGAUACCAAUGUCUGUCUGAACCUCCAAUCAUCUUCUCUGUCACGGAUGAUAGACGGAACAGUACCUAAACACGUGAUACCAAUGCCUGUCUGAACAUCCAAUCAUCUUCUCUGUCACGGAUGAUAGACGGAACAGUACCUAAACACGUGAUACCAAUGCCUGUCUGAACAUCCAAUCAUCUUCUCUGUCACGGAUGAUAGACGGAACAGUACCUAAACACGUGAUACCCAUACCUGUCUGAAUUGACUACAUUCUCGCUGAAUUCGACGGACGCUGUGUUAAACAUAGCGUGACUGCUAUUUAAGUGUUUUGUGUGUAUAUGUAGACAUGUUGACGAGGACUUUAGCUCUCGAUAUGCAUGUACAUGUAUAUAUAGUGGCAUCAACAUUCAAACGACCUAACAUCAAUACUGUAGUAAUGUCCAGGUCCUGUUAUAUUACAAACUCGUUCAUCAACGAUUUCUUUGGGUUCAUCACAAAAAAAAUGUGUAUCCAGGGCAAUAACAGUUUAUGAGAAAGCAGCCGAGACUGAGUCUCGAACAGGUCUGUUUUAAUUGGGAACCUGAAAUGCCCAAGGUUAUCAUAUACAGCCUUUAUACGUGGGAACUACCAACGAUUCGGUGACUAAAUUGACCAAAUAGAGCACGUUUGGUCAAAAUAUGGCAGUUUUUGCAUGUUUUAAUAUUUCUAUUAACGGACACAGCCUUAUACCAAGGUAGAUACGUACAUGGUUACCCAUUCUAUACGUACCGGACUGAGCUACGCGGUUAGUCCAAGUUGUCGUAAAGCGUUCUUGUGUGUUCUGUAUGUUGCGAACAUUAACACCCGGUGUAGUACUUAAGACAGAUAAUCGUAACUCCGUCCAAUAUUUAAAACAAUACAAAUUGCUGUGGUAUAAUUUGCAAAUAUACCAUGUUGUAAAUCCGUCCGACGUUAAACAAACUGAUAUACUGUUACGGCCACAGAGAAAGUGUUGUAACCUAAGUGGAGCCAGCAUUACAGUUAAACAUCUUUCUUUAUUUUACGAUAUAUACUCUAAACCUAGAACACUUGAGAGCAUCAUUUUAAAAUUCAGUCUUUAUUUUUUUGUAUCUAAACCAAAUCAGUAGUAUGGAACACUACGCAUAGUCUACACAUGUAUCCUUAUUUCAGGAUCAAUGAAACUCCUUCGCUUGAGUAUUUUUGUUUUGCUUUGUUUUAACUAACAAAAUGAGACGUUCGUAUAAUGAUGUGGUGUAAGAGUCGUACAUGAUACGAUGUUUUGUGCUAUCUAGAAAAAAUAGGACCAACCCGCACAAUCGAACUCUAGAUGUAGCGCUGAAAACUGUUUCACUUGGAGUGUGUUCCGUGUUUAGUGCUUUACCUGUGUGCAUCAACAUUAAUUUAUUUCCGUUGUAGGCUACUGCUGAGAGUAGGAACAUGUGAAAUGUAAGGGCGGCAAAGGAACCACUGUGCGUACCCCUAAACUGUCAGAUUAAUAUUAACACCCCCCCCCCCCC